CAAGAGUUGGACACUCUCAAAGUUUAGACGUAGUAGCUAUAACUCUCACUUGGUCAGCUGGAGACUGUACAGUGUGCAGGGGAGGCCUGUACAGAUGAUGCAGUUGCUGACAGUUGAGGUUGAGUGACGUCCAUGUCAAGUGGCGACAGAGUCAGCUGACACAGUAGCACAGAGGGAGUGUAGUAGUAGAUUCAACUUGUGUUCGUGGAUACUCGGACGAUAAUCACAACAAUGGUCGAUGUUGCGACACCGGGUUGCAGCAGCGCUGACAGCAUGGAUAUGAAGUCAUCCACCUUCAGCGAUGAUGUCAUACCAAAGGGAGAGAGGUUUGCAGUGCCCAUGACCAGCCGUGUUUGUGAUAGACGCAAGAAGUCAUCGAAUGUCCUACAUCAGAUCGUCGGUGACGACCUCCUUGUACCUCAAACCAGCAGUGCCUGCAGCGCUUUCGUAGCAUCCUCCUCAUGUAGCAAUAACCACAAACAGUGCAACAAAGAUUCCAUGCUGCCUGGAAGUGAUGUGUUUACUGUUUUCUCUAACGGAACAGGUAACGUCACACACCACAGACAUGAUAAUUUCACUGUUCCUGGAACAAGCAGUUCUGCUGAUCUUUUAACAGUGCCAUCUUCAAAUAGCAAUGACAUUACUGGGAAAGUUGAUGAAGAUUUCCCCAUGCCUGGAACCAGCAGUGCCUUUGAAAGAUGUAAAGCACAAUCUACCCGAGUUAAUGACGUCAUGCAUUGGAGGGACUUAUCUGAGACGUCUACUCGAAGCAAUGACGCCUUGCAGCAGAGUUCUGAUGAUGAUUUCGAUUUUCCUGAAACAAGCAAGGCUUGCAAUAUGUUUACAAUGCCAUUUUCCUGUACAGAUAAGGGUUUGAAACAAAGAGUGUCUGCUGAUUUCGCAGUGCCUUGGACAAGCCAUAAUAACGAUGUGGAUAUGACGUCAUACUUGAAUAGAAAUGUUGGCAAGAGUCCAAUGUUGUCCGAUGGAACAAAGGAUAUUAAUGAUGAAGAACCCAUGGCAAGCACUUUUGACAAUAGCUGUGAUAAUAAAUAUGACUCAAAGCAACGCAAUGACAGCGGUAUUUCAAUGUCAGAUUGUGAAUAUGUGGAAAAGCAUAAUAAUUUUGUUGAUAGCAGAAAUGGCCGAUUGUCCUCAACAGAUAGUGCUUUGGAAGACUCUUUCAAGGACCAACAUUCCAUUUCCUACUUGGACCAAUCAGUUAAUCAUUCUGUGAUGCACACUGACAGUGCCUUUGACAAUCAGCCAAUCGUUUGUGACAAUAUUGCUGACAAUGGACCAAUGAAACUGUCUGAUACAUUCCCCUCCAUCCUCUGUGAUAUUCCCGCCUCAACUGUGGAGAGUGGCCCGUCUGUGAUAGUGGAACGACAACCACGUGAUUUUAUUAAGCUGCUCAGUGAACGUCUGCAUGUACCCGACUCCGAUGAAUUCGACACGGAUGACAGUCACCAGAUGCAAUGUCAGCAGUUCUACCGGAGUCUGAGGCUGGAAGUCAAUGAGAAGAUCAUCUCAGACACCGAUUCCGACAGUGCUGACUCAGGGGUUGCUGAGCACCGCAAACGUUCCUACCACAGGCGACGAAUGAGCAGGUAUCGCCACAGAGUGGAUGCUUGUGAACAGCAACAGAAGAAUGGCCGCCAAGUGGCAGCAGAGGCAUUGCUUAGCAUGGAUUCCCCAACUAACAGCAUGGAGAGCAAGACCUUUCUCCAUGGGAUCCUGCACGAUCAGCAACCCUCUUUGCCUCCCAGUCCUGCCGACAGCGGUGUCUCAGAUAUUGACAGCAACUCCGACGACAUAAAAAUGAGAUUACACGGUUCUUACACAUUCAUCCCAAGUCCCCCAGUACCUGGCCCCAGUCCGUUCAUCCCCCCAUACUGCCAGCCACCCCCAGCACACCAGCCCCUACCCGCACACUUCAACACAGCUACACAUAUCGCCAUGAGACCAGACCAUGUGUAUCAGAACAACCUCCUCCCCACACCAGUCCAACACGCCGGCAGUGAAGGUUCACCUAGCAACACCCCUCCAGCAUCACCAGACAGACCCAAAAGCAGAAAAGGUCGCAAACCCAAGAACCUUGAUUACCCAAUGAACAGCCAGCCUAAGAGGAAGCGAGAAGGCAACACAACAUACUUGUGGGAGUUCCUUCUGUCCCUGCUGCAAAAUCGCGAAACAUGUCCUCGGUAUAUCAAGUGGACAAACAGGGAAAAAGGAAUCUUCAAGUUGGUCGACUCGAAGGCUGUGUCGAAACUAUGGGGCAUGCACAAGAAUAAACCCGAUAUGAACUAUGAAACAAUGGGAAGGGCACUGAGGUACUACUAUGCAAGAGGAAUAUUAAACAAAGUGGAUGGGCAAAGACUUGUGUAUCAGUUUGCAGAGGUUCCUAAGGGGAUAGUAGAGAUCGACUGCCAUAGUUAGUGUGUGUCAGACCUGAUGUGUACAUGUUGACUGAGCGUGACGGUGCCUGGCACUGACCAAUCAUAACCCAGCACUUACACCAGCAACCCAACCACUGUGAUAGAUCUCCAUAUGCUCCAGACCUCAUUCCCUGUCUAAGGACAGAGGCAGCAGGAAGGGUAAUUGAGGGUGGGAGCUCAACUCUACCCCUCGUUCCCUGCUUCAGGACAGAGACUGCAGACAGGUGAAGGGGAUGGGAGCUCAACUCUGUGCUUGUGAUGGCCAACUUGGAUACUAACAGUCUACACUGUCCCCCAGCAGGAGUCACAAAGAUCCUGGAGACUGACUGAACAGACACACAACAGCACUAUGCUAGUUGCUCCGGAUCUGAGGCCGUGAUGUCCAAGUGCUCUCAGAGUGCUAUGAAGAGAACUAGAACGUCAGAUGUCUUGACAAUUGUGUUGGGCAGCUUUCUGUAGAUAUAGGCAGCAUGCCCUUCUUAUGGUGCUGUUGUUGCCAAUGACAACAGAAGGACCCGUUUACUGAUUGUAGUGGAAUGGGCAUCUGCCAUUAUGGACAACACUACCCUCAGUACCAGUGACGUCAUGUAUUAGCUGAUAUAGUGUUAACUGGUUGCUCUUUAAAGGAAAACAAUUAUUUUAGAAUUGACAAUAGCUGGUGAUGAACCUGUUCUGCAGACAGUGGUCAGUUACCAUGGUAACCAACAUUAGAUUAUAAAGUCAUCUUCCAUUCCAUAAAUCACUCCAUCAGUUUAGUUUUGCAUACUGGGGAUAUUCCCUGAAAGGCCAGUACCUACCAUGGAAAUAUUACAAAAUAUCUCAGUCGUGUGUACCCAUUUUCAGACUGUGUGAUUGCUAUAGGGUGAAAGAUGUAGCCGAGUUAAAAGAAUGAUGUGAAAGUGAGUGUGAAAUGAUGAUUAUGGCAUGAGAAACUCUAUGACCCCUUAUGUUUACGAGUGGACAUCAAUCUAGGCAUUGUUGCCCCCAAACUGUGUGAUAUGUAGAACCCUGUUGACGAUGGGACUUGCCCGAGACUGCUAUAUGGGCUGCGUGAUCCCAUCAGAAGGCUUGUCCCGCUUGGGUCUGAAGUCAUGAAGUAUUGACAUGUGAGGCCUCGGUGAUGUGUUCUUUUGGAGGAAGAAUCAUAUGUUGCUGCCCCUACUGUUUUACUUGCAGCAGAGGUUUUACUGGUUUUAUUUGAGUUCAGUGGUGUUGACUGUUUGACAGCGUGUAACCUAGGCUCUCAUCACUGACAGGAUGUUGGGUGGACCACCUUUUAUAAACAUAUUAGUUGUUGUCUUGUUGUAUUGUUGAUUAUUCCAACAGAUUUUAUUGGUUUUCUGGCAUGAGGCUGCAAAGGGAUAAAAUGUGACCAUGUGCCCAGUUAUCAGCGGUGUCAUGGCCAUGAUGUCUGAAGGUCAUCACUUGCAGCCUGCUGCCAGAUGUAGAGACCCAUUUCAUGUUAAUUUGUGUUGCGUCCUUACACUGACAUUGCAGUGAGAUUUUCUACUGCAGUUGGCUUCCAUUGUUUUGCUGUGCAUUCCAAGGUAAAUCAGCAACCCAUUCUUCUAGAAUGCUGUGUUCAUUUUGAUAGCUUCACUGGUGCCAGUGACCACUCUUCUGUUUUGUAUGCCCACAACAUGGGGUCCCUAAUCACCAGCAUGUUCCUAUCAGGUUCUUGGGCAGAGCUAGCAGUGAUGCCCAAUAGGUCAGAUCUGUCAAUGUGAUGACCAUUUGCGCCAAACAUUCACAUUGAUGCCCAUGGGUCUAUUUCAAACCUGAUCCCAUACUCCUCUGGCAGACAUAGCCUCCGUGGGUGGAAUGCUGCAUUAAAUAUGUAGAUAUGAAACAAAAUGUAUAUUUUUAGGUAAAUCAACUGCCAGGGCUGUCCAUUUGAAAGUGUUCUGAUGGUCAGGUUUGGUUGAACUCUGGAAGAAGUCUGACGAGUGAUACCGUCAGCUGUAGUUAUGACAUAGAUGUGCCUUAAAACUGUAGUGUAUGCAGAAGCCAGCGCGCCUGCCCCCAAGAGAUCAUUGGCUUCCAAGCUCAUGCUGUUUAGUGUGAGCUGGAUUCAAUGGUCUAAUUCACUAUAAUGAAAACCUCCCCAACUUAAUGACGAAGGUUAACAUAUAUGCAGAGUAUACACUUAUACUAGUGUUUUGGUACCCAUUCUAAGACAAUAAACGCAUGACGCACAUGAUUCACAGAGGUAAUAUUUAUAGAUUGGUACAGUUGUAGAUUUUUACCUGUCUUAAAGAAACACUUUGAAAUGGUAAAAUCAAACUCGUAGUUUGUGCAAGUUUGAUUUCAUCUUCUGUAAAGUAUGUUGAAAAUGUCUCUUUCGAUUAUUUGUAAAUCUCAAUCUGAUAAUCUAAUUUUGCUCAUAGGAAAGAUGAAAGUCUGUCUCAUGAUAAUAUGAUAUCUUCAAUAUUUGGGAUACAAAUUUUCAGUGUAAAUUUAUCUUUUGUCUCUUCAAUUACAAAAUCUUGAAAACAUUUACCAUCACGCCUAAAGUAUAUUUUGAUUACAUUACCGAUGAAAUUAAAAACUCAGUUUAACUUAAUGAUUGAGCCAAAUAUUUUAUGGAUUUGUUGUCUCCGUCAGGUAAUGAAGAAAAGAGUGACAAGCUCAGACUGUUAUGACCUUCAGUUUAUAUUUUCCUACUAUUGUUACUGCUGUUUUGGUAUAUGUUUGUAAGUAAUUAACAGUUAAUUAUCACAUUGGGAUCUGGCUUAUCAGAUUUACUUGUUAGUUUUGUGAUGUCAUCAGUAAAUUAUUGAAAGAUUGUUCUGUUUUUAUUGAAUGUUAUUGUUUAAAAUGAAUUCAGAUGAUUUAGGGAACAAGGACAAAUUAGAAAUGAAGUAAUUUGGGAAUCAGAUUAUGGACAUUUUUCUUGUAUGACAAUUUGUACAGACUGAUAAAGAACAAUCUUUAUGGAAUAUAUGAAACGGGCAGUGGCCUCAAUCAGCUGGUGAGACACUGGCAUUACCAAGCAGCUUGUCCAGGUGGCUCCCUCUAGAUUGUCUCUGUGUCAGUGACGUUGAUUAAGAGUCUGGGCACGUAGGGUCGCAGUAAGCUUUGACAUACAUACCUCUACAGCAUAGUUUGAAAAUGUCAAGAGAAUUGCAUUUAACUUUGUCAUGAAAUUUAUUGUCUACAGCUGCAUGGCAGUCAUGUUGACCCAACACAUGCCCAGAGAGUGAAACAAUUUCACCUAUGCUUUCUUUACAUUUGAGAGUAGGCUUGUUCUAUUUGAAAAAAAUGUCAGUGCACAGGAACAGGUUUACGAUUUUGCCAAUUUCGAAAGUAUUGAGAGUUACCUGCUCAUGGACACGAGAGGGAGCCACCUUGAAUGAUUUAACGAACAGGUUCAGGACCUUGUAGUCCACAUUUACACAUGUACAGUGCUACCUUGUUAAGGAAAGGAUCUCUCUAUUUGUACUGUAAAAUUGUAUAUAAUGCCUCUGAUUGGUUAGAUUUCUAAUCAAUUACAUGUUAUAUCUGAAUAAAGUAGUUAAUUAUUUUUGAAAAAUA